AUGAAGAAACUUGCCACACUGUUCAAAGGCUUGGAUACCUCCAAAUCCGAAGAAGAAGAAAAGAAAAAACUAUUCGGGAAGGGUGUGAAAGAAUGGACCACCAAGGAUGUUUCUCUUUGGUUAAAAACCAUUGAUUUGACAGAAUAUUGUAAAGAAUUUGAAAAAGCUGAUAUUUCAGGUGCAGAAUUGUUAGAACUUACCGAACAAGAUCUGAUUAAGGAUUUAAAAAUCUCUAAAUUAGGUCAUCGUAAACGAUUUAAAAAACAAUUAGAAUGGUUGGAACAAGGUCGAUUUGAAAUUGGUCAUGUCGUCAUGAAUUCAUCAAACACCACAGAUGAUUCUGAUCAGACUGAUUCAUCAUCAUUAUCAGAUCAUUCCAAUGUGAUUUCAAAUGGUACUUUGCAAAGUUCCAACAAGUGCAAUGCAGACAUGACGACGAGUGGAAAAGUAGUCCUCUCGUCAUCUGUAUCAAAUUCAUCAUUGUUUCAUAUUCGAAAUGAUGAUGAGACUGACUCGGUAUCAUCAUUGAAUGGUGUUGUUGUUGGUGUUGGUGGUAUUGGUGGUGCUACAACGACUACUUUGAGUCACGUAUCAUCAUCAUCCUCCCUCUCUUCACAUGUUAACACUUCAUUAUUACAUCCUCAUCACCACUCUUCACCUGUACCACCAGAACAUGAGUUAUGGAUUAAGUGUUACGAAAAACAUGGGAAUGACCAUGUUUGUGGUAAUUCAACUACUACUACAAUAGUAUUGAAAUUUAAUCUCGCAUGUCCUCUCAACCAUCCAUCUACAGAUGUAUCAUCAUCCUCAACACGGACAACUACAACAACAACAACAACUCAAUUACAAGCACUACCCAAAUUGGAACAAGUGAAACAAGAGAUUCUUUCAAGAGUAUCAUCACAUCAAGACAUUUCCAUCUCACAAAUUCAAUUGAAAUACAAAGAUGAAGAUAAUGAUAUGAUUUUAUUGAAAAAAGAUGAAGAUUUUAAGAUUUGUGUUCAACAAUAUCUUGCCUCAAGAACUUCUACCACCACUCAUAGAUAUUUAAAGUUAUUUGUGAAUUAUAAUAGUGGUUCAUUUCAUGGAGUGAAUCAUAAUAUGAAUUUAUCAAAUCCAAAUAUGAACAGCAACAAAUUGGACCAUCUCACCAAGAAGAACCAUACGUUAUCUUCCAUCAAGGAUGAAAGUGAAGAAUUGAUUGAAAUACUCGAUGGCAUGGUCGAUGCAUUAAUUGUCAUGACUGCUCACGACAAACUUAUUAAAUACGUGAAUAAGGCAACAGAAUCACUUUUACAAUUUAAAAGAGAUGAAUUGAUUGGAUUCAAUGUCACUAAAAUUAUGCCAACAGCGUAUCGAUCACAUCAUGAUGAAUAUGUAGAUUUAUAUUGUAAAACAGGCAUUCCCAAGAUUAUUAACAAGGGAAGAAUAGUACCUGUGAAAAGCAAACAAGGAAAAGUAUUUGAUUGUUGGUUGAGUGUGAGUGAUAGUACAUGGGCGCAUCAGAGAGCAUUUACUGGAACUUUGAAAAUGAUUUAUACAGAAUCUUCUGCAACUAGUUCAACCACUACUGCAAUUCCUUCCUCCAUUCCUAACAACUCUCCUCCUGUAUUUCCAUUCUUAGAAAAUAUGGUGGAUGGUGUCAUUAUCAUCUCAGGUAAUGAUGAUAUUGUGAGAUAUUUCAACAAAUCUGCAGAACAAAUGUUUGGAUAUACACGAGAAGAAGUGGUUGGACAACAAAUUGGAAUGCUUGUGUAUGAUGAACGUGUGCGACAACAUCACAAUCAAUAUGUUCAAAGAUAUAUGCAAAGUGGUGAUUCACACAUUGUUGGAAUUGGUCGACGAGUGGAAGCCUUAACAAAGGACGGAAAAAAACUACCCAUUUACUUGUCUGUGAAUGAAACCAAAUGGAACAAUGGCCUUAAUGGACGAUGUUUUAUUGGUACUACGAAACUACUCGAUCAGAACAGUCCAAUCACCAAAUACGUGAAUGUCAAUGACUCUCGUGAUUGA